UCUCCGCUCACUCGGGGCAUCGCAACAAGUGGCCGCCGCGCCCUCCCCGGGGAAGCCGCGGACACACGGGGGUGCAGGGAGGAAGCGGCGGAGCGGGACAGCCCGGGGCAGGCGCGGCUCAGCGCGCACGGCUGGGGACCGCGGAGGCGCAUGGGGACCCCGCGGCGGCGGUGGCGCGGCGAGCCUAGGGGCGGCACCGGGGCGCGGGCUCUGCGUCGCGCAGCUCCCUCGCUCCUGGAGCGCGGAUUCUGAGAUUCCCCAGUGGCUGUCCUGGACCCGGCCUGCCACCCCGUGGGUGCCUGGAGAGGACCUAGUACUCCCCGCUCCCGCCGCAGAGCAGGGCCGUCCCCUCCCAGAUCGGCCCACAGAAGGGGCAUGUGCAGCUAACGGUCCGGUCCUGACCGCUUUCCUCUGCCCCGCCGCCGCCUAGGAGGUGCGCCCCAGCUAUGCAGUGUCCAGGGAGACGGCGGGCAUGACGGCGACAGGAUGGGCGCGAACAAUGGCAAACAGUACGGCAGUGAGGGCAAAGGCAGCUCAAGCAUCUCAUCCGACGUGAGUUCAAGUACAGAUCACACGCCUACCAAAGCCCAGAAGAAUGUGGCCACCAGCGAAGAUUCUGACUUGAGCAUGCGGACACUGAGCACGCCCAGCCCAGCCUUGAUAUGUCCGCCAACUUUGCCAGGAUUUCAGAAUGGAAGGGGCUCCUCCACUUCUUCAUCCUCCAUCACAGGGGAGACAGUGGCGAUGGUUCACUCCCCACCCCCGACCCGCCUCACUCACCCACUCAUCCGGUUGGCCUCCAGACCCCAGAAAGAGCAAGCCAGCAUAGACCGGCUCCCGGACCACUCCAUGGUGCAGAUCUUCUCCUUCCUGCCCACCAACCAGCUGUGCCGCUGUGCACGUGUGUGCCGCCGCUGGUACAACCUGGCCUGGGACCCGCGCCUCUGGAGGACUAUCCGCCUCACGGGCGAGACCAUCAAUGUGGACCGUGCCCUGAAAGUACUGACCCGUAGACUUUGCCAGGACACACCCAAUGUGUGCCUCAUGCUGGAGACUGUCAUUGUCAGUGGCUGCCGGAGGCUCACAGACCGAGGACUUUACACCAUUGCACAGUGCUGCCCAGAACUGAGGCGCCUGGAAGUCUCAGGAUGUUACAAUAUCUCCAACGAAGCUGUCUUUGAUGUGGUGUCCCUCUGCCCCAACCUGGAGCAUCUGGAUGUGUCAGGGUGCUCCAAAGUUACUUGCAUCAGCUUGACCCGGGAGGCCUCCAUUAAACUGUCCCCCUUGCAUGGCAAACAGAUUUCCAUCCGAUACCUUGAUAUGACGGACUGCUUCGUGCUGGAGGACGAAGGCUUGCACACCAUCGCAGCUCACUGCACGCAGCUCACACACCUCUAUCUGCGCCGUUGCGUCCGCCUCACCGACGAGGGCCUCCGCUACCUGGUGAUCUACUGCACGUCCAUCAAGGAGCUGAGUGUCAGUGACUGCCGCUUUGUCAGCGACUUUGGCCUGCGGGAGAUCGCCAAGCUGGAGUCCCGCCUGCGGUACCUCAGCAUCGCCCACUGCGGCCGCAUCACGGAUGUGGGCAUUCGUUAUGUGGCUAAGUACUGCAGCAAAUUACGCUACCUCAACGCGAGGGGCUGCGAGGGCAUCACGGACCAUGGCGUGGAGUACCUGGCCAAGAACUGCACAAAACUUAAGUCUCUGGACAUUGGCAAAUGUCCUCUGGUCUCUGACACGGGCCUUGAAUCCCUGGCUUUGAACUGCUUCAAUCUCAAGAGGUUAAGCCUCAAGUCCUGCGAGAGCAUCACGGGCCAAGGCCUGCAGAUCGUGGCCGCCAACUGCUUUGACCUGCAGAUGCUGAAUGUCCAGGACUGUGAAGCUUCAGUGGAGGCCCUGAGGUUUGUGAAGCGCCACUGCAAGCGCUGUGUCAUUGAGCAUACCAACCCUGCUUUCUUCUGAAGGGACAGCUUCCAUCGGGCAUGCUUUCACAGCAAUGUGAACCAAUGCUCUGUAAACGUAGCCCACGUAAGCACCCACACCCACUCAUAGCCCCUGUUUCUUCCGUGAACGUUCUUAGGAGUCUGGCUUUUUAUUUUUAUUUCUUAUGAGCAAACGAGGUCAAAGAAGGAGGAAAACCAAAUUUCUACCAUGGUAAACUGGUUCUGGUUGGUUUGUUUGUAGACAUAUCCUCUCACAAAGGAUGCAUGCACCUCCGCAGGCUGGUCACUGUGUCUUCUGAAACGCACCUUACCUCAUCUUCCCUUCCCCCUCCUGUACAUAAGCCAUUCCCCCAAAGUUCCACACCCUCAUCUUCCAAGCCUGCAACAGCUGCAGCAUUAAGCAUCAGAAUACGCCCUCUGAAGCUGCCUCUUAAACUAAUUGGUGGGCAAAAGCCCCACUCCUAAAUUCCACACCAAGCAAAAUUGGGGUUAAAGUAGCGUUAACACUUUAUAUGUGCGAAGAGCUUCCCUGUGUGAAUGCAUUAUGGCAAAUCACACGGCGUAAGAGGAGACAUGUUUUCUCUCCCAGCUCUGCCACUAACUAGCUGUGUGACCUUGGUCUAAAAACACCUCACCUUUCCGGGCUUCGGCUUCCCACCACCAGAUGCCAGAGGUAGGGGGCGAGCCUCAUGCCCCUUUUAGAGUUGAGAGAAUAGUGAUGCCGAUAAGCACAGUUUUGCAUAAAGAACUUGGUGUAAAGCACACAGAGAGCACUUCUGAGAGAAUUGGUUGUGUGGAUGAGCUGUGCUUUCAGGAGGUACUGUGGGGUAACCGUCAGUGCACACAGGAUCCGGGUGCACAUAGGGUCCGGGGUGCACAUGGGAUCCUGGGUGCACAUAGGGUCCUGGGUGCACAUGGGGUCCUGGGUGCACAUGGGGUCCUGGAUGCACAUAGGGUCCUGUGUGCACGUAGGAUCCUGGAUGCACGUAGGGUCCUGGGUAUACAUAGGGUCCUGGGUGCACAUAGGGUCCUGUGCAUCUCCUUUUACUCUCCUCUGAGAACCAACACAAACUCUGUUUGGUGGGCUAGGCUUUUGCACAUCUUCUGCUAUGUUGGAUGCUUCGACUUCCAUGCACGUGUGCUGUAGCAUUCUCUCACACCAUCACAUCCAGCCCAGGCAGGCAGGAGAGUGCACCAUGACAGGAAGCCUGUAUCUCCCUGUCAGCUUGCACCUUCGAGCAUUUUUCAAAUCUAAGUAAAGACCCUUAUAAUUUUUAAUUAACAAGUGAGGUCCAAGGGAACCCACAUCCUUAAAGGUGUUUCUAACCCUUCUCGGGACACAUAUGCUAUGCUUCAGGCACAUCUGUCCUGCAGCCCGGCAGGGACAGACACCUUGGUCCUUUGUCAUUCACAUUUUAUCUCGACUCCUGUCAUCUAUUUAUUUCUCCAUCAGAUGAGGCCCAUUGGGGUUAAGUUUAUAAGUGUCUAAUUGUACAAAUACCACCUUGCCUGCUGUCUACAUGUUUUCCACUAACUAAUGUAAAACAGGCUUGCAGGUGUUUCAAUAUUGUUCCCUCAGAAGUGCCAGGCACACAGAGGAGGGAGCACACUGAUAAGCCAGAUGCUGGUCCACCCAUCAAAGCACUGGGACAGAACAUGAAAAUCAUUUCAAAAUUUGAAUUUUAAGUUGAUGGACUUUCAAAUGCUCCCUUCUGAAUAGAAAGCAAUUUACUAGUUUCAUUUUUAAAAAUCAGAUAGAAGAAAUCCUGUCACUUUUUUUUUUUCAUGAACUCCAGUUGUCUUUUGUUAGUAAACCCAGUACUUUCCCCAGUUUAUUCUCUGGCUACUUUCCUUCUCCAUCACUGUUGAAACAGUUCACCCACCUUCUUCUCCAAGUGUCUGUCCUCCGAUCCCAGAGCCUCUGCCUCUCCAAGCCAAGCAUGUGACAUUGGCUCCAGACCAAGCUUAUAUAUGCGCAGCUCGACAACUGCACUCUAGCUGUAGGCUCCGGUGUGUACUAUUGUCUUGUGUUGGGAAGGAGACGUUAAGUGACAAACUGGCAACUCUUCAGGAGGUUCUGCCAUCCAUCCUGCAAAUCCCAGCCUCUGUUCAGUUCACACCGUCAUCAGCACAGAUGGGUGAGCAAGAUGAUGUCAUAAGGGAAAAUAAAAGUUCAGCCUGGGGACAGGACCUAGUGACAGCCAUUGAGUUUAGAAUCAUAGAAGGACUUCAGCAUAGAACCCCUCCCUCUGCCCUCCUGACUUGGGGCUCUGCUUAAAGUUUGAGCUGAAGAGUCACCGUGGGUUGUCUGUAACCCUUGAUAUUGGAACAUUCCAAAUGAUUUGGUUCACUACUCCCCAGAAUGGGCAGGGGAAUCCAAAGUGGUUCCCUGAGCCAUUUUUAGUGACUCUAUCAUCACUGAGAGUACAUCACCUGAACUGUCUUUCAUGUGAGACCCAGGGGACAUUUCACACUCGCUGGCUGCCCAGAACAUGUCUCUUUCCCAGUUUCUCCCUUUCCCAUCCUCUUCACCCAUUCUGCUCUCCAUCAGGGUAGGGGUAUGGAUCUGUGACAAAGGUUCCUGGGAACAGCUUGGUGGAUUUUCUUGAGGCCAAGCAAAGGGCCUCUUUAAGAAAUGUAUCUGUUUUAAAACAUGGCUUCCUUCCUGGCUCGGCUAAAUUGAAUGCUCAUUUGUUGUUGCUGUUCUUUGUUUGUUUGUUUGUUUCUCUUUAACUCUAAUGUUCAAAUCACUGCGUGCUGUAUGACUCUAGAAAGCCUUAAUUUACUUCCACCAAGAAAUAAAGCAAUAUGUUGGCAAUCA